CAAAGUGUUCGAAGAUAAUAAUGAAGAAGAAGAUAUUAUAUCUGUGCCUGAAGAUAAUACUGAAAAUAAUAUUAAUAAAAACAAGAUGGAAGAAGAGGAAAAUCUUAUAAUAGAAAGAUGGGUAAAUUUAAAUGUAAGAGAAUUUGGUUCUGAUUUUUGUGAAGAAUCUAGUAAAGGUAGCAUUCAAGAACUCAGUGAAAAUGAAAAGACAGAAAUUCAGAUAAUUAUCAAAGAUAAAUUGGCUCAUUAA